UCGAACCAACACCAGCCUUCUUAGAUCGGUGGGGACAAUUUUCGAUUUUGCCUCGUGGCUCCCUGCUCAUUAAAAUGCAGAUUCGGGAGAUGAUCAGGCUGCUGUUGUUCGUGGCUGUCAUAGUACAUUGCCAAAAUGGAUACUUUGGGAAACCGGUCUCCAAUGAUAAAUUUGUUUCCGUGGAUUCAAUAUACCCGGCCCGCGAGUCCGAAUUUCCCGGCAACUCCCUCGUCCUGGCUCGGAAUUUAGAUGGCCAGAACUCAUCGGAACAGUCUAGCAUGUGCUACUUUCUCCAGGAAAGCGACCUGGAGAGUCAGAUUUCCUGCAAACUGAGAUUCCAAAGGAGUAAAUUUAACUUCAACCCGUUUGGACUUCGGUUCGGAAAGAGAGGUGACGCCAGCUCAAUGGCCUGGAAAACGGCGGUAAACGGGAACAAGCUCCCUUAUCUUUGGAAGCACAAGAAACCGGCAUGCCUGGUCCUUCAGAGCAAUUGCUAACAGUCUGCGCUAGAUUUAUUUCUAUUAGAGGCUUGUUGAAUGGUGUUCCACCCCCCCCCCCCGUUUCAGUUAAUGCGAUGUAAAACUGCAGUAUCCAUGGAGACCAGAAGUGACUUGCUGUUAUCUGCGUCGUUCCAAUGAUACUUUGAUAAUUCCAGCAGAGUUGCAUUAGUUUUGUAUGUCAUGUGUAAUGUAACGCGAGCUAAUUCUGUCCAGGUACACAAUAAAUGUAGCAGAAAUGGAUUAGUUUGUAAUCUUAGUAGACUCGCGUGUUGAAUGAUCUCGAUGUCGACUAGAAUAUCAAAGACACUGAUCUCACUUCUAGAUCCAUUUCUCUGUGUAUUGUCGGUCAAUGUCAGUUUUCAACUGGUUCUACAUCAAAUAAAGAAUUCAA